AAAAUCCUCAGUUGUGCGCUGGCGAUCGAACCGAACGGACGUGAAAUAGGAAUAGUAAGUAGGGAAAAGUGGAAAUUGUUCCCAGUGAAGUAGGAAAGAAUAUUCAAAUGAGCAACUGAUUCAGAUAAGAGGAGUGGAAUAUUAAACUUUGUUACUUGGUGAUAAUUAGUGCACGCCGGGCCUGGAGAGCGGAGGUCAACUGUAGGUCCCUUCCACCCCCAUGCGCGAUCGAACGAUGGGUGGUAGCGGAGUUCAACUAGCAACGAUCGCUCUGUUGCUAUCGGCCACGAUAGUAAUGGUUCGGUCAGAACUGACGCCACCGUACUUCAAUCUAGCCGAGGGACGCAAGAUUACUGCAUCGGCCACUUGUGGUGUGGACACCGAUGGCCCAGAGCUAUACUGUAAACUGGUUGGUGCAAACACCGAAAACGAUCAUCUGAACCAAUACUCUGUCAUUCAAGGACAGGUUUGCGACGUAUGUGACCCGAAUAUUCCGGACAAGAGUCACCCUGCCGAGUACGCCAUCGAUGGAACCGAGAACUGGUGGCAGAGUCCACCGCUUUCCAGGGGCAUGAAAUACAAUGAGGUCAAUCUGACCAUCGACUUUGGACAGGAAUUUCACGUGGCUUAUCUGUUCAUCCGAAUGAGCAAUUCUCCUCGCCCAGGCUUGUGGACACUGGAGAAAUCGAUUGAUUAUGGCAAAACUUGGCUUCCGUGGCAACACUUUUCCGAUUCACCGGCAGAUUGUGAGACCUAUUUCGGUGCUGAAAGUCUGCGACCGAUCAUAAACGACAACGAUGUGAUUUGUACUACGGAGUACUCGAAAAUCGUACCGCUCGAAAACGGUGAGAUUCCGGUCAUGUUGCUGAACAACCGUCCGUCGGCCAAUAAUUAUUUCAACUCGACCACACUGCAAGAGUGGACACGUGCAACGAAUGUAAGAAUUCGUCUACUGCGUACCAAAAAUCUGUUGGGACAUUUGAUGUCCGUGGCUCGUCAAGAUCCAACGGUCACGAGAAGAUAUUUCUACUCGAUCAAAGAUAUCUCGAUUGGAGGUCGCUGUAUGUGUAACGGACACGCCAACACAUGUAACGUACUGGAUCCACGGUCACCAACAAGAAUCCUAGCAUGUCAGUGCCAGCACAACACGUGCGGUAUUCAUUGUGCCGAGUGCUGCCCAGGAUUUGAGCAGAAGAAGUGGCGCCAGAACACGAAUGCCAGACCUUUCCUGUGUGAACCUUGUAAUUGCCAUGGUCAUUCGAGUGAGUGCACCUACUCGGAUGAGAUUGACGAGAAGCGACUUUCGCUGGACAUCCACGGUAACUAUGAAGGUGGUGGAGUGUGCCAGAACUGCCAGGAUAACACCGAGGGAAUAAAUUGUAACAAAUGCAAGAACACCUUCUACCGUCCCUAUGGCAAACACUGGAAUGAGACUGAUGUGUGUCAGCCUUGCAACUGCGAUCAUUUCUACUCGACUGGUAACUGCGAAGAAGAAUCGGGUCGCUGCGAAUGCCGAGUGGAGUUCAAUCCACCGAAUUGUGAUUCGUGUUCUUACGGUCAUUUUGGUUACCCGAACUGUCGUCCGUGUGAAUGUAACUUGAACGGUACGAUCGGUUACCAUUGCGAAGCGGUGAAUGGAGAAUGUCCUUGCAAGCCAAAUUUUGGAGGUGCUCAUUGCAAACAGUGUGGUGAAGGAUACUAUGACUUCCCGGAUUGUGAACCUUGUGGUUGUAACGAAAUCGGUUCAGUGAGUCACAUCUGUAGCUACGAGUCUGGACAGUGUCAGUGCAAGCCGAACUUUGCUGGACAGCACUGCGAUAAGUGCAAGGAUGGAUUCUUCAAUUAUCCAACUUGCUCAUAUUGUAACUGCGAUGUCCGCGGUACGCUGGACGAGGUGUGCGACAAAGGGAACGGAAAAUGUUUGUGCCGCGAAGGGUAUGGAGGCCCACGUUGUGACCAGUGUAUUGCUGGAUACUACAACUAUCCGGAUUGUAUUCCGUGCAACUGUUCUGGAGCAGGUAGCGUAUCGACGGUAUGCGACAUCACUGGAAAAUGUGCCUGUUUACCGAAUUUCUCGGGUCGGCAGUGCACCAUGUGUCAACCUGGAUACUAUCAAUAUCCGGAGUGCCUGGCAUGUAAUUGUAAUGUUCACGGAUCAAUUGGACUGUCUUGUAAUAACGAGGGUCAGUGCCAGUGUGCCUACAAUUUCGAUGGAAAAACUUGUGAUCAGUGCAAGGAAGGAUUCUACAAUUUCCCGGCAUGUGAGGAAUGUAACUGCGAUCCUGCUGGUGUGAUUGCUAAAUUUGCUGGUUGUGGAUCUGUUCCUGCUGGGGAGUUGUGCCAGUGUAAAGAGCGGGUACAAGGAAGAAUUUGUGACAAGUGUCGGCCACUGUAUUGGAACUUGAAUGCAAGCAACCCGCACGGUUGUGAGGAUUGUGAGUGCUUCAUUGACGGAACCAUUGGUGCAUUGGAUACAUGUGAUACAAAGAGUGGACAGUGCGCUUGUAAACCAUCGGUAACAGGUCGUCAAUGUUCAGAGUGUCAAGAUGGCACAUUCGAUCUCUUCGGUGCAAGCCUGUUUGGUUGUAAGGAUUGUGGUUGUGAUAUUGGUGGUGCAGCUGAUGACGUGUGCAACAAGGAGACUGGCCAGUGCAAAUGUCAUCCUAGAAUUGCAGGCAGAACUUGUACAUAUCCGUUGACGACUCAUUACUUCCCAACGUUAUAUCAGUUCCAAUUCGAGUACGAAGACGGAUAUACUCCGUCGGGUGCACAGGUUCGAUACCAGUUCCACGAAGACGUUUUUCCAGAUUUCAGUAAACGAGGCUACGCUGUAUUUUCGGGUCUUCAGAACGAGGUGAUCAAUGAAGUAAGCAUUAUGAAAUCUUCUGUCUAUCGUCUCGUUAUUCGCUACAAGAACCCAACGAAUGAUAACGUGAUAGCACAAAUUCUAAUCACUCCUGAUAAUCCAACAGAGUUAGAACAAAAAGCAAAGGUUCUUUUUAAACCGAAUGACCAUCCAGAGUUCGUAACAGUAUCUGGAGCUAAGGGUGAGAUUCCGUCACCUGUCGUUCUGGAUCCCGGACGAUACACUAUCAGCACCAAGACCGAUAAGAACGUUCUCCUGGAUUAUUUCGUGCUACUUCCAGCAGCGUACUAUGAGGCACCUCUUUUAACAAAUAAAAUCGUAAACCCUUGUGAGAUUACCGAUUUAGGAUUAUGUCGUCACUUCAAGUACCCGAACAUCGUUGAAUUUAAACCGCAAAUCGAAGCCUAUAUCGCUGAAGAUGAUGAAUCGUUCAAACCAAGUGAGUUCUUCAAAGACUAUGAACAUCUGGAUGUGAUUCAUGAGGAGAGUCUUCCCCUGUUGACCGUAGAUCAGAAUGAGUUAAAUUAUGUACUAGAGGUUCCCCGUCCUGGCAGAUAUGUUCUAGUGGUAGAUUAUGUAACAAACCGCCACAGUCAGGAUAUCUCCGUCCUACAAAUCAACCAAAUCGGAAAUAUCGAACAGGACGGUACUGUGACCGCGUACCCGUGCAUUUAUACUACAGUCUGCCGCCAGCCAGUCAUCGACAAGGAAUCGCGUGAAAAAGUAUUCUACAUCGAUCCGAAUGACCGGAAACCGAUCACAGUCUCUAGUCAGGAACCCAGCGGAUCGGUUGCAAUUAAAUCCAUUACUGCUAUUCCUUACGAUGAAUGGUCUAUUGACUAUAUCAGCCCAAGCCCAGCCUGUGUGAUGGAAAAUGGUAAAUGUGUGUUGACGACCUAUCGGACCGCUCCAGAAUCCAAGAAGAUUGAUUUUGAGACCGACAAUGAAGAACGCAUUGCUGAGACAAACCCGAUCGAUUUGUUUGACAAUACAACUAAGCUGGUUUAUUUGGAUAAGGACGAACCAGCCCUGAAUAUCAAAACCAAAGUACCACAUCCGGAUCGUUACGUAAUCAUCGUGAAAUUCUACCAACCAAAUCAUCCAACGUUCAACAUUCAGUACCACAUCGAGGCGGAUAGACAGAACUAUGAUGGCAAAUUACCACUUAGACAUUGCCCAGCCAACUCCGGCUGUCGCGAAAUUCUGAAACAGGACAACGGUUACAUCUGGUUCGACAUUGAGGAUACAUUCGAUUUCACUUUGCUUAGUGGUGCCACGAAGGGAGUUUGGUUGGACUACAUUCUGCUGGUACCAGCUGAUCAAUACUACGAUGAUCUACUGCACGAGGAAACUUUUGAUCAGACCAAAGAAUUUAUUAAAAAAUGUGGCCAAGAUCACUUUUACAUCCAGUUGAAUGCAACCGAAUUUUGCAAGCAGGCUGUUUUCUCGUUAACUGCUGAUUACAAUAGUGGGGCUUUGCCUUGUAAUUGUGAUUACUACGGAUCAACUAGUUUUGAGUGCGAACAGUUUGGCGGUCAGUGUCAGUGUAAACCGUAUAUAAUUGGAAGACAGUGUGAAGCAUGUAAGACUGGCUAUUAUGGAUUCCCGGAUUGUAAGCCUUGUGAUUGUCCAUCGACGGCGUUGUGUCAGAAAGAUACGGGCGAAUGUAUAUGCCCGGAUAGGGUGACCGGCGAAAAGUGCGAUCAGUGCAUGCCGUAUACAUUCAAUUACGAUCAGAUCGCUGGUUGCGAAGAGUGUAAUUGUAGUCCGUUGGGCGUGGAAAACAAUAAUCUUCAGUGCGAUUUGGAGAGCGGACUAUGUGCCUGUAAAUCGAAUGUAGUGGGAAGAUCGUGCGAUCGUUGUCAGUACGGGUUCUUUAACUUCCCAUAUUGUGAGCCGUGCAAGUGUGAUAUUAGAGGAACUACGUUCGAGAUCUGUGAUCAAACCGAUGAGACGUGUUACUGCAAGAAAAAUGUACAAGGGCGUGAAUGUAGUCAGUGUGUUGAUGGGACGUACAAUCUGCAAGCUUCAAAUCCUGAAGGAUGCACUAAAUGUUUCUGUUUUGGACAUACAUCAGUUUGCGAGACUGCUUUCCUAAGGCCGUUCAAUGUCAGCAUGAUGAAGGAUGUCACACUUAAUACGAUCAAGUUGCUAGGCGGCAAACCAACAAUUUCUCCUUGGCUUGUGGACGGAGAUAUUAUGGUCAAUGAAACUUCAGCGGAAGUAGCUCUGAGUGAUGUUGAUAAUGAGGAGCUCCUGUCUGGAUUGGCAUACUUUGGAAUGUUGGAUUAUUUGCUCGAUUUGAACAGUCACAUAACUGCUUAUGGGGGCUACCUUUCCUACAAGAUCUAUUACACCAAUGGUUUGUUUGGAAGUUCCUUGAUCGGCCCCGAUGUCAUUUUGGAGGGAAAAAACAUGGUGAUCUCUCAUCAAAGCAUUGAGCAACCUGCAUCGAAUACUGUAUUCAAUGGACGAGUACAAAUGGUUGAAACAAGUUUCCAAACCGCUUCUGGUGGUUCUGUUACACGCGAACAGUUUAUGAUGGUUAUGCGAGAUCUUAAGGCAAUCUAUAUAAGGGCAUCUUACUGGGAAAAUGGUUUGUCAACCAUUAUUUCGGAUGUUAGUUUAACUAUGGCUCAUGACGAUCCGGGUCAUUAUGAUAUGUACGAGGAACUAUCAGUGGAGCGGUGUUCUUGUCCUCCAGGUUACACUGGAUUGUCGUGUGAGGACUGUGCUCCUGGGUAUUAUCGAGAUCCUAAUGGCCCCCAUGGAGGCUACUGCAUACCUUGUCAGUGUAAUGGACACGCAGACACGUGUGAUUGCAACACUGGAAUUUGUAACGAGUGCCAGCACUAUACUACCGGUGAUCAUUGUGAUCAGUGUAUUGAAGGAUAUUAUGGUAACGCGACUAGAGGCUCUCCUAAUGAUUGUAUGAUCUGCGCUUGUCCGCUACCGAUCGAUUCCAACAACUUUGCCACCUCUUGUGACGUGUCGGAGGAUGGGUAUGAAAUUCACUGUGAGUGCAAGCCAGGAUAUACGGGCGAAAAAUGUCAGAGUUGUGCUCCAGGGUUCUUUGGACAACCAGAAAUUGAAAAUGAAGUUUGCAAACCUUGCGAUUGUUCUGGAAACAUUAAUCCCGAUGAGCCAGGCAAUUGUGACUCUGUAUCAGGUGAAUGUCUGCUUUGUUUGAACAAUACAUAUGGCCGAGCUUGUAACCUAUGCGCUCCCGGGUUUUAUGGAGAUGCUGUUCAACUCAAAGAUUGUCAGAGUUGUAUCUGUGAUACUGUUGGUACGGAACAUUGCGAUAACUUCAUUGGAACAUGCAACUGCUACCCGAAUGUGGUAGGAGAAAAGUGCGAUAGGUGCGAGGAUGAUCAUUAUGGAUUUGAAUCUGGCCGUGGUUGUAAUCCAUGUGAUUGCGGAAUCGCUUCCAACAGUACUCAGUGUGAUGAUCAUUCUGGAAAAUGUGCCUGUAAACCAGGCGUUACUGGACGACAGUGUGAUCGUUGCGAACCUGGAUAUUGGAAUUAUACGGAAGAAGGAUGUGUACCGUGUUCCUGUAAUACUGAUUACUCCAGAGGACUAGGAUGUAACGCUCAAACAGGACAGUGUGAAUGUCUUUCUGGUGUUGUGGGAGAAAAAUGUGACUCAUGCCCUUACCGAUGGGUCUUGAUUCCAGACACUGGUUGCCAGGAGUGUGAUGGUUGCCAUCAUGCACUGUUGGAUGUGACGGAUGAGCUGAAAACAUUGAUUGAUCCUGUGUUGCAUGAUAUCGAAACGGUUGCCGAUGACUACUAUACGUCUCAGAAACUAAAAUACUAUGAUGACUUGGUGGAUGAAAUUGAACCAGCUGUCCGCAAGUUAGACCCACAUGGCGUGAAUCUAAAUCCAUCUCGGCAACAAGUUGAGUCACUGGAAAUGGAUGUUAAGAAUAUCGACCGUCGUAUCCAGUAUGCUGAUCAGAAUACUAACGAUCUGUCCGCUAGAAGUGAACAACUACUGAAGGGUUCAUCAGAUAUAAUUGACUCUUGCCGAUUUGCCAAUAUCAACACUAAGAACACAAUCGUUGAAGUAGAGAAACUUGCAGAAAAUCUGGGCAAAUCGGAAAGCAAUAAACUCGAUCAAGCGUACGCUGAAGCAGUCAACUACCUAAAUUUGAUCAAGCAGUAUUCUGCCACACCUGGAAGCUUGAACGUGCAACUAGACAAUGCUACUGAGUUGCUGGCUAAGGUUGAUGAAUUUGCUCGUCCUGUACAUGACCAACAGGAUAGGCUUAACAAAUUACUGUACAACAUUGGGGAGUUUGAUGUCAAGUUGGAGGACUUGUACAAUUGGAGUUUGAAGAUCGAAGACGAAAGUAGAACAACUGCUAAACUGAACAACAAAAACAAGGGUGCCCUUGAUUCUAAAUUUGAAACAGUCUCUGCUCAAUCGAAAGAAGCUCUUGAAAACAUUGAUAACGCUAAGAAGUUGAUAGAUGAUUCAUCUAAACUUAGCUUGGACAUAUUUACUACCCAUGCUGAACUCGACAACGCAAACUCAGAACUGAAACAGUUGAAUGCCAAGGUUGACAAAGAUUUACCCGAUCACGAGAAACAAUAUCACGACUUGGCCGCAUCAAUUCAGGACGCGAUUGAUUACGCAGCUAAUCUGAAAGAAGACGCGCAACGCCUCACUGCAGACUAUUCGAAUGUGACAGCUAAUUCGGAAAAUGCAUUGAAAGCUGCGACUGCUUACUCGAAAAUUGCGGCAGCUGUGCAUGCAGCCAAAGAAAACGCUAAUAUAACACAGUUGUUGGCGAAAAAUGCAACCGAUAUGACUGCCGGAGUGGAACAACGUGCCGGAGAGUCAGAUGGUGAUUCUAGAGAACUUUUAAGCGAUGCGGUUAGAUCUUUGCAGGCAUUACAAACAGACCUUGAACCUCACAUUAACAAAUCAGUUUCAACGGUUGAUUAUAUCAAAAAGAGCAACCAGGACAGCGAUGAUGUGCUGUAUUCCAUCAAUCAAUCGCUGGAUGGUAUUCCGGAGGAAUCUCACACAAACAGUUGGGAAAAUGCCAGAGAUCAAGCGGUCGAUGCACAGGAAGACUCACAGAAUGCUUUGAAGAUUUUGGAUCCUAUUAUUACGGAGCUACCAAAAAGUCUUUAUCUUGCAGAGCAGUUGCCGAAGGAGAUCGACCGCACCAAUAAAAGUAUUCAGUUGGCGGCUAGUCAAAUCGAGCAAUAUAAAAACAUGAUACCCAAGGUUGAAAUGCUGGUUGAUGAAGUCGAAGACAAGCAGAAUAAGAUAGACUCAAUCGUGAGUGAUAUUGGCGAUCGUUUGGAGUCACUGAAAAAGCAAAUAGCCAGUGCAAGAGCGUUGGCUAACAGCAUCAAGUUCGGUAUGACGUUCCAUCCAAAUACAACGCUGGAACUCAAACCACCGGAGGUGCUUUCACAGCUGGCUUCGAAUUCCACGGUAUCUGCUUAUUUCAAGACUAAUAAACCAGAAGGUUUCCUAUUCUAUCUCGGCAACGAGGUGAAACCAGAUGCGAAGAAAACGUCGCGCGACGAUUACAUGGCGUUGGAGAUUGAAAAUGGCUACCCGGUGUUGUCGAUUGAUUUGGGUAAUGAUCCAGAGAAGGUUAUUAAUCCGAAAUACGUGGCUGAUGACAAGUGGUAUCAGGCUAUAAUCGAUAGAAGCGGAAACAAUGUUAAACUGACGAUUAGAGAAGAGCUGGAGAAUGGAACUGAAAUGAUUCAUCCGAAAGAGCAGGUGCUUCCGGGUGCUUAUAAUGUGUUCAAUGUUGAUCAGAAUAGUAAAGUCUUCGUAGGAGGUUAUCCACCUGAGUACAACAUACCAAGUGAUGUGAAAUCUGGUGAAUUUGAUGGUCAAAUACAGGAUAUACAAAUUGGCGGGGAGCAUGUUGGUUUGUGGAACUUUGUAGAUGCCCAAAAUGUUCAGGGAGGUGUCGAACGUGACAAGUUAUUGGAUGAGGACAAACCGACCACAGGAUUCCGAUUCGGCGGAAAUGGAUAUGUAAUGGUAGACGCAAAGUCGUACUCGUUCAAACAUCGCUCGCACAUACAGUUCCGUUUCAAGGCAUCGCAGGAUACUCAGGAUGGAUUACUGUUCUAUGCUGGUAGAAAUCGACAUUUUAUUUCGGUUGAAAUGAAACAGGGAGCCGUUGUGUUCCAAUUCAAAUUGGGUCAACAUGCCGAAGCUGUUACUAUUGGCUCGACUGGAAUGUUCAACGAUGAUAAUUGGCAUACUGUUUCUGCAGAGCGUGAGGGAGCUGCUGGUAAAUUGACAGUUGAUGGAAAUGCUGUCUACCAGGAAACGUCAAAUGUUGACUCCCCUAGUAAUGUUGAACCAUUAAAGAUAUCGGAAUCGAUGUUCUUCGGUGGCUAUCCGGGUAAGAUUAAUUAUUCCGAAGUGACGACCAAAGGUUUUGAUGGAUGCAUUGAUGACGUCUAUAUCUUGGGAACAAAGGUUGAUCUAAGCAUCAACCAAAAAUCAUUGGAUGUUCGUCCUGGAUGCCCAAUGAAGUUCUCUUCUUUGCUGUCAUUCCCACCACACCAAUUUGGAUAUGUUAGUCAGCCAGGAGUUGUGUCAUCGAAUGGCCUUCAGGUGAACAUCAAGUUUAGGACACUUCAAAGUCACGGAAUUUUGUUCUAUACCACAAAUAACGAUCAAAGUGGAACAUUCGGAUUAACAAUAGAGGAUGGAGUGUUGGUUCUACGAAGUUCCAAGGCAGAACUUAAUACAGGCAACACUCAUUACAAUGAUGGUGAAUGGCAUGCAGUUACUGCUACCCACGAGCAUGAUCGACUCUCUCUACUUGUGGAUGAUAAUGAUUCAUUUGUAUCGGACGAAAUACCACCGCCUUUGUACAUUGGUGAUGGUGAGAUUUACUUCGGAGGAUUGCCAAAGAACUUUGUUACACCGAAAGGAUCGAUUGUCACUCCGGCAUACUUCUGGGGAUGUAUUCGCGAUGUAACUGUCAAUGGACAGAUUGUCAACUUUGCCAAUUUGAAGGAUAAAAAAUCAGCGAUCCUUGACCACUGUUCGAAGGAUAUAUUUGCAGUUCAUCCUCAUGAAGUACCCUUGUACUAUCCUGAUGGUGGUAGCGAACCAGUGGUAUUCACUGGAUCGCGUUUCGGAACCGAAGAUGCCAAGCCCGAAGGUGAUAAAGACAAUGAGAUUGAUGGAGAAGACGAGGAACAACCCAAACCUUGGCCUGUACCGGAAAGGGAAGAAGUCGAACCGGUUACCGAUGCUCAAACAACAAUUCCAACUACUGAAUCUACAACGACAACAACGACAACCACCAAACGUCCCCGGCCACCACCGGAGAAACCGGAACCAACUUGUAAGUUACCAAUUGUGCCAGAUCAAGACGUUGACUUUGAUGCUGGUUAUCGUUUCGGAACUGGGCCCUUCAGUCAUAUUGAAUUCAAUGAAAUACCACAGAAGAUUAAGAAACAAUACGAGUUCUCACUCAGUUUCAAAACCGAAUCCACCGAAGGAGUUCUAUUCUAUGCUGCCGAUUCUCGCCAUACAGAUUUUAUUGCGCUGUACCUGCGAGAGGGCAAAGUCUUCCAUUCGUUCAAUUGUGGAUCUGGUUCGGCCAACAUCAGUUCCGAACGACAGUACAAUGAUAACGAAUGGCACACAGUUCAGUUUUCCCGUUAUCAUAACAAGGGAAAGCUAGUCGUUGACAGUGAAGAUGAAGUACAUGGUGAAUCAGCCGGAAACACUAGAACUAUGCAAGUUCAAGCUCCAUUCUUCGUUGGCGGUGUUUCUGGAGGAGAGCACUACGAAGAUGUUGCUCUAAAUCUCAAGAUAGACAAAAACAUCUUGGAACGCGAUCAGUUCGUAGGAUGCAUCAAUGACAUUCAAGCAUUUAACAGACCGUUAGGUGCACCGUCCAACAUUACUCAAACGGUUCCUUGCUCAUCCCAAAUUGAGAGUGGCAUGUUCUUCGGCAAGGGAGGUGGUUUUGUCAAGCUUCGUGAGAAAUUCAAGGUUGGUACCGAGCUGACCGUUAGCAUGGAUAUCAAACCGAGAUCACCAACCGGUCUGCUGAUGUCUGUGCAUGGAAAACGUGCCUUCUUCGUGUUAGAAUUGAUCAAUGGUAACAUCAGUUUGACGGUGAACAAUGGCGAUGAACCAUUCACGGCGAUGUAUGCACCAGAUUCCAGCGAAAAUCUGUGCGAUGGCCAGUGGCGUACGAUAACGGCGAUUAAAUCGUUCUAUGUUAUCACCAUCAAGGUGAACGAUGUUAGCUCAAACCCGGCCAUCGGAGAUGCUCGUUCGGGAUCGACAGAUACCACGCGACCGCUGUUCCUUGGAGGACAUCCUCAUCUUCAGAGGAUUCGAGGACUAACAGCGCGCGAACCAUUCCAAGGUUGCAUCCGCAAUGUUGUCAUUCGCAAUCAACAGGAGCAGAUAACACCAAAGAUGACAGUUGGUAAUGUUCAGACUGGUGUCUGUCCUACCAUUUAGUUGUUUCUCACGCGGUGAAUGAAAUUGUCGAUUGGAUGUUUGGUUACCGGAUUUUUGGCAAUUGAUGAAAGGAAUUGAUGAAAUUGAAUUGAAUUAUGAUAUUUUUUCGCACUCGAGAUGGGUUCCAAAACAUAGCUUUUUCGAUUAGUCAAAUGCUUCGUGCAGGACCUUAGAGAUUUUUUUGAAGAUACUGUUGAACGAUUAAUCUUACUCAGAGGAAAACAGUCACGCAACAAACGAAACUGUUGAGUUUUGAAACCCACCUAAAAUUUUACUCUUUUUAUCUACUAUCUUUUUUCUAUACUAAUCCAAAGGAAAUUGGCAAAAAGGAUACGCAAAAAAUAGAUACGCAAAAAACAAUAAACUAAACUAUUUUGCACCAAAUUUAGUUUUUCACAGUUUCCUCCAGUUUUUUUUGAAAACAUGAGUUGAGUUUGAAUUUUUGAAAUACAUAUAAUUAAACGAUUGUUAUUUGAUGUUAUAACCAGAGUCGUAGCGUGCACUAGUAUCCUUGAUGGAUUUCGAGUUUUGCGUUGCUCAACUUUCGAAAAAUAAUUCUGCGUGCCUUAAAAUUCUGCGAAUAAGGAAUUAUCUAUUAAUUCUUAUUUAAACUCGCCUCAUUACACGCAACUUUUUUUCACCCGAAUCUGAAGAGUCACUUCCGGUGAAUGAGUAGAAUGUCAGAAUCGCGUAAGAAAAGUCGCGUAUAGUGAAGUGAGAUUUGUGGUCUCAAGUUAUGUGCCACGUGGAAUAAUGGUGGCUGAUUUAUUAAAUAAAACAUCAAGAUUUCGGCACUCAAUCCGGAUAACCGCACGCUACGGGUCUGGUUACAACCUGUUGAACUUUAGUCAUUGAUAUUCUUCCAGUUCUGUACUUGACAAUAUUAGGAUAUCAAUAGUUACAGUGAACUUAACAAUGCCAUGAUUCCUUUUAUACUUUAUGAUUUGUAAACACUUUUUAAUAAAUGUAGUCACUA